AUGCAAAGGCUUUUCACUCUCGAGCAAUAUGCGCUUGCCUCGCAACUGGGAUUGUCAGAUGAUGGUGGUGAAUUCUGGAAAGCAAGACGACUAUCAGAAUACUCCGCUAUUGAGUAUAGAAGCGAGCAAACGAUCCUGGUCUCUAAAUGGCAGCCAUUUCCUGAUGUCAAGAUCAAGACUAUUUUGAUUCCACCUGAGGAGGAGACACCAAAUUGGCAUAUUCGUGUCCAUCAAAUCGAAGCUGGCAGAGAAGUGAUGACAGCCGAUGGCUCGUUUGCAAUCUACAAUGAGAGAACUCCGGAUGGAAGAUAUCUUGAUGCAUAUGACGCCACGAAAUGCGAAGGCACUUAUCCGAAGCUCAUCGGCAACUACGACCUCGGCACUCCUGAAGCCUGGUCGACUGGAGCAGAGGGAGCAUUCGCCGUAUCAAAAGGAGCCGUUGGCAUCAAAGCACUGGAAGACGACAUCGGCAGAUCGGCGAUGCUGGUCAAUGCGGAUCCAAACUCGAACCUGGUGGAGAGCCGUACAACGAUUCCGACAUUGCAGCAUACCAUCAAAAAGGGGCAGACCGUGUUGUACAUCAGCGCAAUCUAUGCCAAACCCUCUGGAGAAGGUGUCGCGAGGGAAACAUAUCUAGACGGCUGGGACAAGCCUCCAGCAGUGCCAGACUGGCUUAAGUCGGAAGCUGCAGGUUCAUAG